AAGUACAAUUUCUGUGUCGGAUGCUUAUACUUUCUACCAUGGGGUCUCUGCGUAAUGUCCUGAUCAGUAUUUGCGCUCUCGCAAUACUAGUAGUCGAUUGCCAUGGCAACGUUGUUGAGAAAAGGGACGUGAGUGAACCUUCUACAGAUCCGGUAGUACUGCAACCAAUAGGCACUUAUGAGUGUCCCAACAUCAUCUCUCGCUCUGAGUGGGGAGCUCGAAGCCCUAAGAGCACCACAGCUCUGAAUGCUCCCCUCGAGUAUGCUGUGGUUCAUCACACAGAUGGUAGUCGAUGCUAUGACGAGACAUCAUGCAAGGCUAUCGUCAGAGGAAUCCAGAACUAUCACAUGGAUUCGAAUAAAUGGGAUGAUAUUGGCUACAAUUUCCUGAUCGGGGAUGAUUUGAACGUUUACGAGGGACGUGGAUGGAAUAACAAAGGAGCUCAUUCUGUGGAUUAUAACGCGUAUUCCAUAGGCAUCUGUAUGAUCGGUACCUUUACUUCGACAACCCCGACAUCACAAAUGAUGGGAGUUCUGCAGCAAUUUCUCGACUGCGCCUUGAGCAGGAAUACCUUAAUGCCAGGUUACACUCUAUAUGGCCAUCGACAAGCAACUUCAACUACUUGCCCAGGUGAAAAAUUGUAUUCUGCCCUAACAGCAUUUAGGCACUACCGGAAUACCGCAGGCUCACAGUAUAACCCUCUGGAUGGGGAGCAGUGCUCAAUCUAAGGUUCUCAACCGGUUGGAAUACGGUUCAGGAUAAUGAAAUAUCUUUAUGUUUAAUGAUUAGACAUUUAGAUGUACAGUAUUCAUUUCAAACAGAGUAUGAUUUGGGGCCUAUAUUACAGAACAUAAUAUAUAAAAUCAAUAUUCCUACAUAAAGGUAUAACAUUGAUUUUACGACUGUACAUGAAUAUACUACAUAACUGAUGUUUAUAUAUAUCUGUGGAAAUAGGAGAGGGCAACAAUUACAUUUUUUUCCAUUAAGGCCAAUCAUUAUAUCCCAAAAGAGAUAAUUGUUCUAUUUUAGCCUCAUCAUUAUAACUAACUCAUUUGAUCCUGAAGAAGAUGAAUUAUAAAAAAAUGUACUUUCUUCCGAUAUGAUUUAAGAUUUAUGGUAGAUAAAGAAAUAUCAUAAAGAAAUGAAACAGGCAUGAUCGUAGAAAUUAUUUUUUCAUUGGCAUACAUUCACAAUAAUUGCUUAUCGCAUAUAGAUUAACAAAUCUGUGUGGUUUAACUACAAGUUGUAAAUUAAGCAAAAUAUUGUAUCGUCCUCCCUGUUAAUAUGGCCCUUUUAAUAUGAAGAAUAAAAAUGAAUGAUUAGCAAAGAAUAUUCUCAGUAAUCGUAAUCUUCUGUUCAUUAAGGUAGUAGUUAUUAUCGCUGUCCAUUGUUGAAAUAAAGAUUAUGCCCCCACGAUUAUUAUGCAAUAA